ACAGAGAUGUGCUUCCUUCGCGAACCAGCUCUCCUCCUUCUCCUCCUCGUUUAUCUUUGUGAUGGGAAGUCUGUCCUCAAGGCUGACGACGAGGACCACAGAGACUCCAAAUAUUCCAUCCUGAACCUGUUCACACGUUUCACGUCUGCAAAUACGAACUGCACGGGUGAUAAUGGAGAUGAGGGGAUAUGUUAUACUGCGAAAGAAUGCAGACGGAUGGGUGGAACCAUCUCUUCAAAGCCUUGUGCACAAGGAUUUGGAGUGUGCUGCAUUUUCUUUAAGACAUGCCAGGGGUCAACAAGUGAGGAAGUUGCAUACUUCCAGAAUACCAAAUACCCUGAACCAGAAACAACAAGGAACAAGGCUUGCAUGUUUCAACUAACUGUCCCUCAUAAGGACUUCUGCCAAGUCAGGCUGGACUUCGACAAUUUUGAACUAGCCGAACCAAACAUGCCAGAUGGUACAAAAGCAGCCAAAUGUAGAGACGAUGACAGCUUUGUAAUAGAAGGGGGUCAUGAGAUCAAUCCUCUCAAUAUGGACCACGUUGAACUAUGUGGGAAUAACACAGGCCAACACUUAUAUGUUCACCUGAACAAAAGUGCAGUCCCCAUCACCUUUACUCUCUUUGUACAAGCUGACACAACACCUUAUAAAUGGAAGAUCAAAACUACCAUGAUUGACUGCACCAAGGAAUCUCGUCUCAAAGCUCCCAGUCAAUGCCUUCAAUACUACAUCGGGUCUGAGGGAACAAUUCAAAGCUUCAACUAUGGAAGUGGUUCCAGUAACUAUCUGAGAAACCUGGACUACCAGAUCUGCAUCAAUCGAGAAUUCGAUAAAUGUGGAAUCCUGUACACAGCUACCAAAUUCUCCCUCGACAGUACGAAUCCUGAUAACAAUAACCUUCCGCCAUUCUACUGUGGAAAUGCAGACAGGCUCACUGUUUUGGGUGCUUCACCUGGAGUCCGUUGUGGAAAUGGAAAUGCUACAAGUUUCCCUAAUCUUCUCGUCUGUUACUCUGGCCAAUUCAUCCUGAACUUCAAGUCAAAUGAUGAGGACAAUGGUGAUGGCCAUGGCUUCCAGAUAAAAUACCACCAGCAGCCAAUGUGUGAUCCAAGUUGUAAAUAG